GUAUCAACUAGAGAUUGGCUAUUUGGCUGAUGAGUCAUCUUGUCGCGAUGCUCUUGAGGCCGACGCUAAGUAUCGAAGGUCUAUCUCGAAGCGAGUUAUGUCGGGUAUUCCUCUGUGGAGCUGCUUUACCGAGGAUGCUUAUCUGAGGCCGCAGGGAGGAAAGCGUAUCGAGGUGCUGCAACUCCUCCCUGGAGUUAUAAGGGUAAAGGAUACGGUAAAGGCUCUGGAAAAGGCGUUGGCAAAGCAAUGA